GUGUAAGGCGCUGAGUCGGAGGGAGCUUUGAAUCCCAUUCAGUGCCACCACUAAGGCGAGGUCACACACGCGCAGAGUUUGCGGUGCUGCGUGGACAGGAAGAAAAGCGCCAUAUCUGGAUAUAUUUCUCUCUUUUCUCUACAUUUUUACCCCUGCGAACAAAUGUUGGAUCUAUGUUAACGCGCGGAUUCGUACAGCUCCAUAAGAAGGAAUGCAUCUUUUCCUCGUGAAACUGAUUGGUGUGAUUUCGCUGAUUGCUCUGACACAGGGUCUGAAAUGUUCUGAGAAAUGCCAAAACGGAGGUUCGUGCGUGGCUACUGUUGAUGGAAGAGGAGAAUGCAAGUGUCCUGAAAAAUAUUUGGGCCUAACUUGUCAGUUGUCCAACCCCUGCCUGCCGAAUCCCUGCUGGAAUGGAGGCAUUUGCCAGCCAAACAUCCGGGACAACAAAGUGGACUACGUUUGUCGUUGUCCACUGGGUUACAUGGAUCCACGCUGCCUCACCCCCACUGACAACCCAUGUCGGAGUUCCCCAUGCGGGAAUGGGGGGACGUGUGAACUGACCAGUGUCCACACAUUUAAAUGCAAAUGUCCGCCUGGGUGGACUGGUAAAAACUGCCAGCAGGCUGACCCUUGUGCCUCAAACCCUUGUGCCAACAGAGGCCAGUGCAGUCCAUUUGAUUCUCAUUACAUCUGCACCUGCACGCCCUUCUUCUCAGGCGAGACAUGCAAACAAGAUGUUAAUGAGUGUGCUCAGAUCCAAUCUCCCUGCAAGAACGGCGGUGUCUGUGUGAAUGAAGUGGGCACCUAUCGAUGCAACUGCCAAGCUGAGUACACAGGAAAACACUGUGAGACACUCUACCAGCCCUGCAACCCAUCACCAUGCCAUCAUGGCGGUACCUGUGUUCAGAUCAGAGACAGAAACUACGAGUGUUCCUGUCUGCCAGGUUUUAGAGGUCAAAACUGUGAGGAGAACAUAGACGACUGUCCAGACCAUCGUUGCCUUAACGGAGGAACCUGUGUAGAUGGGGUGAACACUUACAACUGCCAGUGCAAACCGGAGUGGACAGGUCAAUUCUGUACUGAAGAUGUCAAUGAGUGCGACCUGAUGCCUAAUUCGUGUCAGAAUGGUGGCACUUGCCUCAACACUCAGGGUGGAUACAACUGUGUGUGUGUGAAUGGCUGGUCAGGUGACGAUUGCAGCAAAAAUAUCGAUGAUUGCGUUGAUGCUGCCUGUCACCCGGGAUCAACUUGUCACGAUCGUGUAGCGUCCUUUUAUUGCGAAUGCCCACCUGGACGCACAGGUUUGCUGUGUCAUUUGGAUGAUGCUUGUAUUAGUGACCCCUGUCAGAAAGGCUCGAACUGUGACACCAACCCAGUCAAUGGCAAGGCUAUCUGUACCUGUCCUACAGGAUACUUUGGCUUAGCCUGUAACCAGGACGUUGAUGAAUGCGCUUUGGGUUCAAAUCCAUGUGAGCAUGCUGGAAAGUGUCUGAACACCAAAGGCUCGUUUGAGUGUAUGUGUCUUCCGGGCUACGUAGGGGCUCGCUGCGAACUUGAUGUUAACGAGUGCAUGUCUAGCCCUUGCCAAAAUGAUGCUACCUGCCUGGACCAAAUCGGAGGUUUUCACUGCAUCUGCAUGGCAGGAUACGAGGGAGUCUUCUGCCAGAUCAAUACAGAUGAGUGUGUGAGCACGCCCUGUCUCAACAAUGGAAAGUGCAUCGACAAGAUCAACAACUACCAGUGCGAGUGCCCCAAAGGAUAUUCUGGGAACCAGUGCCAGGUUGACAUCGACGAAUGUGCCAGCACGCCCUGCAAAAAUGGCGCCAAGUGUAUUGAUGGGCCCAAUAUGUACACCUGCCAAUGCACUGAGGGUUACACAGGACAGCACUGCGAGGCAGAUAUCGAUGAGUGUCUGUCCAAUCCGUGUCAUUACGGCACCUGUAACGAUGGCCUGGCCAGCUUCACCUGCCAGUGCCACCUUGGCUACACCGGUCGUCUGUGUGAAACCAACAUAAACGAGUGUCUGAGCCAGCCAUGCCAGAAUGGAGGCACCUGUCAGGAUCGGCCAAAUGCUUACCUGUGUGUUUGUCCUAAAGGAACCUCAGGUGUUAAUUGUGAGAUCAAUCUGGAUGACUGCAAGAGCAGCCCAUGUGAAUAUGGCAAGUGCAUUGACAAGAUCAACGGAUAUGAGUGUGCCUGCGAGCUGGGAUAUACAGGAAAAAUGUGUAACAUCAAUAUCGAUGAGUGUGCCAUCAACCCCUGUCACAACGGAGGAACGUGUAUCGAUGGAGUCAACGGUUUUACCUGUCAGUGCCCUGAUGGCUACCAUGACCCGACCUGUCUGUCUCAACUCAACGAAUGUCUCAGUAAUCCUUGCAUUCAUGGACAUUGUGAAGAUAAAGUCAAUGGAUACAACUGCAUUUGUGAUUCGGGUUGGAGUGGCACCAAUUGCGACAUCAACAACAAUGAGUGUGAAUCCAACCCCUGUAUGAACGGUGGCACCUGUAAGGACAUGACCAGUGGUUAUGUGUGCACCUGCCGAGCUGGCUUCAGUGGCCCUAACUGUCAGACGAACAUUAACGAGUGUGCAUCAAACCCAUGCUUAAACCAGGGGACUUGUAUAGAUGAUGUUGCCGGCUACAAAUGCAACUGCGUGCUGCCUUACACCGGUGAGAAAUGUGAAACUUUGUUAGACCCUUGCAGUCCCAAACCCUGUAAGAAUGGUGGUGUGUGUAAGGAGUCAGAAGAUUAUGAGAGAUUUUCAUGCAUGUGCCCUGAAGGCUGGCAAGGUCAGACCUGUGAGAUUGAUAUCAAUGAAUGUGUGAAAAACCCAUGUCUCAAUGGCGCCAUCUGCCAGAACUCUAUUGGCAGCUACAAGUGCAACUGCAAUUCAGGUUACUCUGGCCACAACUGCGAGACCGACAUUGAUGACUGCAAGCCCAACCCAUGCAGUAACGGUGGGUUUUGCAAGGAUGGCAUAGAUGAAUUUACAUGCUCUUGCCUCCUGGGAUUCCGUGGUUCCAAAUGUGAGGAGGACAUCAACGAGUGUGAGAGCAAUCCAUGCAAGAAUGGAGCCAACUGCACAGACUGUGUGAACAGCUACACGUGCACGUGCCUACCUGGUUUCAGUGGCAUUCACUGUGAGACCAACACACAAGACUGCACUGAGAGUUCUUGCUUUAACGGUGGCACCUGUGUUGAUGGAAUCAAUACGUUCAGCUGUCUGUGCCUGGCUGGCUUCACAGGCAACUAUUGCCAGCAUGACAUCAACGAAUGUGAUUCAAAACCAUGCAUGCAUGGCGGCACAUGUCAGGACAGUUAUGGCACUUACAAGUGCACCUGCCCUCAUGGCUACCAUGGUUUCAACUGUCAGGAUCUGGUGAACUGGUGUAAGCCAUCUCCUUGUAAGAACGGGGGUACCUGCAGACAGAGUGGCACUACUUACACCUGUCAGUGCCAGAGCGGCUGGACUGGUCUGUACUGUGACGUCCCCAGCGUCUCCUGUGAAGUUGCAGCCAAACAGCGAGGUGUGGAUGUUGCCAGACUGUGCCGCAACUCCGGCCAGUGUCUGGAUGCUGGAAACACACACUAUUGCCAGUGCCAGGCAGGAUACACUGGCAGUUACUGUGAGGAGCAGGUGGACGAGUGCAUCCCAAACCCCUGCCAGAAUGGCGCUACAUGCACUGAUUACUUAGGAGGAUAUUCUUGUGAGUGUUUGCCUGGUUAUCAUGGAGCAAAUUGUUCUGACGAGAACAAUGAGUGCCUUUCUCAGCCCUGCCAGAAUGGCGGCAUCUGCAUCGACCUCGUCAAUGCCUACAAAUGCUCCUGUCCCAGAGGAACCCAAGGUGUUCACUGCGAAAUCAACAUCGAUGACUGCAUACCUUUUACUGACCCUGUGACUCAAGAGCCCAAAUGCUUUAACAAGGGACGCUGUGUGGACCGUGUUGGCGGCUACCACUGCGAGUGCCCACUAGGCUACGUGGGAGAGCGCUGUGAAGGAGACGUCAAUGAAUGCUUGUCUAACCCCUGCGACCCACGCGGCACCCGCAGCUGCAUUCAGCUCACCAACAAUUACCGCUGCGAGUGUCGCACUGGAUACACAGGUCAGCACUGCGACAUUGUGUUCGAUGGCUGUAAGGGGAAGCCGUGCCGAAAUGGAGGGACCUGUGCUGUAGCCAGUAACACUCCCCAAGGCUUCAUCUGUAAAUGUCCUGCAGGCUUCACCGGCUCAUCCUGCGAGUAUGAUGCUUAUUCAUGUGGCAGUCUUCACUGCCGUAAUGCUGGCACCUGUAUCUCAGGCCAGAAAGCCCCCCUGUGUCUUUGUCCACCAGGCUUUAGUGGCCCUGAAUGUCAGCACACAUCUGAUGGGCACUGUGCUUCCAAACCCUGCUACAACGGAGGCACGUGCAAAGUCAUCCCAGAGGCACCCUACUUCCACUGUGUAUGCCCAAAGACAUUCAAUGGCUUGCUGUGCCACAUUCUGGACUACAAUUUCUCUGGAGGCAUCGGCCGAGACAUCACUCCGCCACCUGAAGUGGUGGCCAGCUGCCCAGUAGCUGAGUGUGCAGCUAAAAAGGGCAACAGGUUUUGCGACAGCACCUGCAACAGCUAUGAGUGUGAGUGGGACGGUGGUGACUGCUCACUCAACUUCCACGAUCCAUGGAAGAACUGCUCGGCUGCACUGCAGUGUUGGCGCUACUUCAACAACGGGGAAUGUGACAAACAGUGCAACAAUGCUGGUUGCCUCUAUGAUGGUUUUGACUGCCAAACAAGCAGUGGAGAGUGCAACCCGCUGUACGAUCAGUAUUGUAAAGAUCACUACGCGGAUGGUCACUGCGAUCAAGGCUGCAACAACGCAGAGUGUGACUGGGACGGACUGGACUGUGCUGAGAACGUGCCGGAGAAGCGCGCUGAAGGCCAUCUGGUGCUGGUGGUGCAGUUGCCACCUGAGCAGCUGCGCAACAACUCGUCAACUUUCUUACGUGAACUGAGCCGAGUGCUGCACACCAACGUGGUGUUCAGGGUGGACAGUCACGGUGAGCUCAUGAUUUACCCGUACAAUGGCAGUACAAAAGAGCUCAAGAAGCACAACUUCAAGCGUUCUCUGGAUUCCUGGUCCAACGUCUUCGGUUCAAGCCACCAUGACCAAAACCACAUACAAGUCAAAAGCUCUUUGGUGUAUCUGGAGAUUGAUAACCGGCAGUGUUACCAGCAGUCGACCGAGUGCUUCCAGAGUGCUACUGAUGUUGCUGCCUUCUUGGGAGCCCUCGCGUCCAGUGGCAACCUGAACAUGCCGUACAUUAAGGCUGUCAGUACUCAGACUGAAGUCGAGCCAACCUCGCCGCUCUACGUGGUGUAUGUGGUGCUGGCCGGCCUGGCAUUGCUGGCCUUUGUGGUCGUGGGCAUGGUGGCUUCUCGUAAGCGGAGACGAGAGCAUGGUCAACUCUGGUUCCCUGAGGGCUUUAAAACCAGUGAGCCUAGCAAGAAGAAACGGAGGGAGCCCGUCGGCGAGGACUCUGUCGGCUUGAAGCCACUGAAGAACUCCGAUAUUUCACUGAUGGAUGACAAUCAAAAUGAAUGGGGAGAGGACGAGCCUGCAGACACCAAGCGUUUUAGGUUUGAGGAGCCGGCAAUAUUGAAUCUGGAUGACCAGCAGGACCAUCGGCAAUGGACUCAGCAGCAUCUGGAUGCAGCCGACCUGCGGAUUCCCUCUAUAGCUCCAACACCUCCUCAAGGCGAGAACGAGAAUGACUGCAUGGACGUUAAUGUCCGGGGACCAGAUGGAUUCACUCCUCUAAUGAUCGCCUCCUGUAGCGGAGGUGGCCUGGAAACUGGUAACAGCGAGGAAGAAGAGGACGCCUCUGCCAAUGUCAUAAAUGACUUUAUAUACCAGGGUGCCAACUUGCACAAUCAGACGGACCGCACAGGUGAGACCGCUCUGCACCUGGCUGCCCGCUAUGCCCGUUCCGAUGCUGCUAAAAGACUGCUGGAAGCCAGCGCAGAUGCCAACAUCCAAGACAACAUGGGCCGAACUCCACUGCAUGCUGCUGUGGCUUCAGAUGCACAAGGGGUCUUCCAGAUUUUAAUACGGAACCGUGCAACAGAUCUCGAUGCUCGCAUGCAUGACGGCACUACUCCUCUGAUCCUGGCAGCCAGACUGGCCGUGGAAGGCAUGGUGGAGGAACUAAUCAACUGCCAUGCUGAUGUCAAUGCCAUUGAUGACUUUGGGAAAUCUGCACUGCACUGGGCUGCUGCGGUGAACAAUGUAGAUGCAGCCGUGGUACUGCUUAAAAACGGAGCCAAUAAAGACAUGCAGAACAACAAGGAAGAAACGCCUCUGUUUCUGGCAGCCAGGGAAGGCAGCUACGAGACAGCCAAAGUACUCCUUGACCACUUUGCCAAUCGCGAGAUCACCGACCACAUGGACAGGCUCCCGCGUGACAUUGCUCAGGAACGCAUGCACCAUGACAUUGUGCGCCUCAUGGAUGAGUACAACCUGGUGCGCAGCCCGCCUAUGGCCAGCGCUUCCAUGAGUUCCACGCUCUCACCACCUUUGUGCUCGCCCAAUGCCUACCUAAGUGGUAUGAAGCCAUCCAUCCAGAGCAAGAAAGCCAGAAAGCCUGGUGCAAAGGGCAUCGCUUGCAAGGACGCUAAAGACCUGAAAGCCAAGAAAAAGAAGCCGCAGGAUGGCAAAGGUAGCUUGUUAGACAGCUCGGCUGUGCUAUCACCUGUCGAUUCCCUCGAGUCGCCUCAUGGUUACAUUUCGGAUGUUGCCUCUCCGCCUCUGAUGCCUUCCCCCUUCCAGCAGUCACCCUCUGUGCAACUAAACCACCUGCAGCCUGUUCCCGAUGGUCACCAUUUGAGUAUGGCCGGUAAGCAAGAGCUGGCACGCUUGCAGUUUGAUCCCUUGCCUCCACGUCUCACACACUUGCCUGUCGGUGGAUCGAAUGGGUCAGCCAUGAAUGGCCAAUGUGAUUGGAUAAACAGGAUGCACGCUGGCAUCAGUCAGCAGAGUCAGUUUGCCAUGAGGAACAUCCCCGGUGGCAUGUGCCAACCCAACCAGCACACCUUGAUGACAUCGCUCCACAACGGCGUUCCUGCCAAUGCAUUACCACAAAUGAUCAGCUAUCAGAGCUUAACUAACGCCCACCUCGCCGCACAGCCACACAUCUUACAGCCGCAACAAAUGCAACCCAGCAUCCAGCUGCAGCACCAGAACUCAAACCCAAAUCAGAACAUGAGCAGCACUCAAAACUUCAUCAGCAGUGAGCAGCAGCAAAACACAGGAAACAGUGUCCCCAUCCACACAAUCCUCCCUCAGGAGACACAACUCCUCAAUGCUCAGACGCUGGCUCCCGGCAUGGCCAGCACGCAGUUCCUCACGCCCCCUUCGCAGCACAGCUAUUCGGGUGGCAUGGACACCAACACACCCAGCCACCAGCUUCAGGUGCCCGAUCAUCCUUUCCUCACCCCAUCGCCUGGCUCUCCUGACCAGUGGUCCAGCUCCUCGCCCCACUCCAACAUGUCCGACUGGUCUGAGGGGAUCUCCAGCCCACCAACAAGCAUGCACUCCCAAAUCUCACACAUUCCAGAGCAGUUUAAGUGAACCAGUUACAUCUGUGGUUGAAGGACUAGUUUUGUUUUGUUAGAAUUCUUUUUGUAAAAUAUAAAAAAAGCAGUAAUCCAAUCUUUUCUAUGUCUUUUGUACUAACCACAUUUUUGUUUUGCUUUUUCUUUUUUUUAUUUAUUAAUGUAUUGUUAUUUAUACUUUUUCCUCACUUGCCCGAGGGGAUAAGGUUCAUAAAUUAGGUCACUGCCAAAUAAGGGCAAUGUCUUAUGAAUAAAAGUCCUUUAUUUUUUUGUUUGGUUUUGUGUUGUUUUUUUUUUUUUUGUCUUAUUUUUGUAAUAGUUUGUUUUUUCACAAAAAAAAAUACACUGGGUAUUUAUUUGCCUUUAUUUUUGUAGUAAAAUUGCCUUCACUUAAUCUUUGACUUUUUUUCUACAUCACUGUAUAAUUUGUAAAUCACAUGUAUAAGGGCAUUUGGAGCACGUUUUUUUUUGUUGUUGUUGUUUUUUCUCAGUUCUCAGUAUUACAGCAGAUGAAUCAAUUUUUUUUCAAUUUACCAGUCACAAGAGCUACUUCUCUACCAUCGCCAGAACAAGCUCACUGUGGCUUUCCUGCCUGUAUAUGUUUUGCUUUUAGGGAUUGACCACUCAAAUAUUUAGUGUAUACCAGGUCCUAAUCAUUUCAUCAAUGCUAGCUGUGUGAAUUGUUCUCUGUCACAUUGUCAUAAUUUCUCCUCAAAAAUGUGUACUGUGUAUGUUCAAGUAGUAGUUCCUGAUGAUUAUUACUUCAGCACAUUUGUACAGUUGAUUUCCGAGAGUUCUUUAUUUUCCUGCGAAAUGCAGAGUUAUUAAACUUCCACUGUAAGGGUGGGUGUGAAAGUGAGGAUGUGGACUCCUUUACUAGGUGUUGAUGUGAUGUAAUACAGUUUGCGGUUUAUAGUACUCUGUAUUUUUCCCUCCCUUUCAAUUUUACCGAACUGGUCCUAUGGCCAAAAAUGUAUGAGGUUGUGUAGACAGGCUUGUGACUCUGUCUUUACUUUCUCUAUGGUAUGUAAUGUUGGAGCCUAUGGCUACUGUAAAUAGAUCUUGGGGACAUGGUUCAUGUGAACAGGAUUUUGUUUCAGAAAUCUUACGUCUUAUACGUUUCACUGAAAUUUGAAACUUUGGCUCAAUAGCUCUUUGUGUUCUCCUGUAGAAAGAGACCCUAUAUUCUGUUCAGAAUCACUGAGUUAGAGGUGAUAUAAGAGAUGUAUACAAAUUAGUAGAUUCUAUUUUAUAUCCCACAUACAGAUAAAACAACAUUUUUAAAGAUAAUUUGCUGACUAUUACAAACUUGAUCAAAUUUGGUUUCAAUGGAACAGGUUUGGUAUGAUAUAUAUACUUUUUGAGCCCUCAAAUAUUAAGUCAACAGCAUUGAAUAUGUAAUAUUUGUAUAAAAAACAAUCAAAUAAUCUCAUAGUUUACAUGAAGUAUAUUUUCUGUUCAUUCUACUGUCUCUGUAAAUGUUCUUUUUUGAAAUAAUAAAAGAUACGCAUUUGUAUCGGA